GGGCUCCUCUGGACAACUGACUCCUUUCAUUCGCGGCAUUUGGCGACAUUGGAACAGGCCGGCAGUGCAAUAGCAUAGCGCCACUACCAAGCCAUGAGGACGGUGGCCGACGUGUCCACCGACGACCUGGUCAAUAGUCUCCUCAACUCCGUCACCACGGGGGGAUCCUCGACGUCCUCAACGACGUCCACCACCCCGUCCACCGCCACCACCUCGUCCACCACCACUUCGUCCACCUCAGCAACGAGGACUUCAGCACCUUCGACUGCUUCCGCGACGGCUUCUUCGUCCGCUUCAGCGUCUCACAGUGCGUCUUCGUCCUCUAACGAUGCGUCUCCGGCCACAGACACACCGGAGACGACAAGCCCGGUCACCACUGCGCCGGCCACGACGGCCCCUUCUCCAGCUGAUUCUUCCUCUACAGGUGCAGGCGAUACAGCGACAAAAGGCACGACCGAAGACAGUGACGACAGUGGAGGCGGCGGUGCCGGUCUCUCUAUCGGCAUCGCAUUGGGUGUCUUGGCACUUGUAAUCGCCGCCUUGUUGUUCCUGAGAUCACGCAGGAAACGCGCCCAGAAGGAACGCGAGUCCGCGUCUUCUCCUCCAGCAGGAGCCACAUGUCUGGCAGUGCCGGCAGGUCGAGGAUUCAAGAAGGAACAGGAGCUGGGCUUGCCGGAGAUGUCCAUCGAACUCACACCGGGAGAGUUAGGCAUGUCUAAGGGCUUCGACAUGAGUUAUGCCAGCUCCACGAGGUCUAGCGCCACCAGCCAGCCGUACAACCCCAGCCUUGCCAGUAGUACAGACAGUAGCGUAUUCAACACGAGAGGAGGCGUCAGCCCCACGUUCAGCAAUCGCAAGAUGGCCAGCUAUUCGUACCAGUACCGGGAGUCGGAGGAGAACGGCAAUGCCAACCCCAACAUGUCAUCGGCACGCAGUAAUGACAGCACGACGUUCCAUCUAACGGGUCUUAUCGGCAACGGCGCCACAGCAAGUGGCCGUGGACCGAGCAACCAGACACGAGGCCGCAAACUCUCGGCUCCUGAUGAGUACGCGGAGUUGGUGACGGCCACAAAUGCACACGGACAAGUGGACAUGAACGCACACAACCAAACGCCCCAGACGAUGCACGCAGACUUCACACAGAGCGCUACCAGUCAGAACGAAAUGAACAUCAGUAUGGGACCGGACAACGACAACCACAGCUUCUUGGCUCCACUUCCGACCCGACCGGCACCUGCUCCGGCACCUCGACCGGCGCCGACCAUUGUCCGUGCAUCGGAGGAAAGCAUGGGUCCGGACUCGCCUGUGGCCCGUGGCAAACGGACAGGAUCUGUGUAUGACACGAUCCCCAACUUGGCAGGAGAGAAGAUGUCGGCGUCUGCGUCCACGCGGAGCUCAGUGGAAGACCCGAACGCCAUGUCGACGGCUUCGUUCCUGUCCGAGUCGUCGAUCUCGUCUACGUCUACCAGAGACAGCGUGGCCACAUCAGCUCGUGGCUCGGCGUACGUGUCUUCAAUGCCCUUGCUGCAACAGCUUUCCAGUGCCGACGACAGCGACUACGGCGAGGAUAUGUCGUCCGAACGUGCGUCGACCGAGUCUUCAGACAGCGCGAACACGACACGUUCAGGUUCGCUCAUCGCGUUGAACCUGGAGGCCAAGGACGGCUGCAGCGAGAUUGCCAUUUAGAUCCAAGAGAUGAAUUGGACGACUCGCAAGUGUAUGUAUUGAGCCGUGCGCUUGUGCUUCAAGUGCACGGCUUCUUCGUCGGACUACUUAAUGAUUUUUUUUGGAUGCAAAAGGGGCUGGACAAUGGUCAGGCGGCAUAAUAAAUGAAGCGAAAGCUUGCGUUAUUGAUGUUUGGAAGGCACCUGCAACUGCUUUUCUCUUGUUUUUCAUCAUUUCAUUGCC